AUGAGUCCGGAGAUACUGGCGCUGAUAUUCGUGCGGAUGGCGGCGGACGAGAUGGUGCGGACGGUGCCGUUCGUGUGCCGGGCGUGGCGGGAGGCGGUGGUGGGGCCCUACUGCUGGGGGGAGAUCGACGUCGAGGCCUGGUGCCGCCGCGUCAACCGCUCCGACCUCAUCGACGCCGCCGUCCGCCGCCUCGUCCGCCGCUCCCGCGGCUUCCUCCGCCGCCUCUCCGCCUACCGCCUCGGCAACUCCGGCUUCUCCUUCGUCGCCGCCUUUACUGCGGGUUUUCUUCGGGUCCUCCAGAUUCCACUAAGCGAGGUAACCGAUCAGACGGUGGAGAAACAUGUGAAAUCCCUUUCGGGGCUCACAGUGCUCGACAUCAGCAACUGCAUGAAUAUCACCCCUAAGGGCAUCGCGACGAUAGGGAGGCACUGCAAGUCUUUAGUUCAGCUGAAGAGAAACAUGCCGCCGUGGGAGCCAAGCCAGAGCAAGAUUGACGAGGACGAGGCCUUGGCCGUGGCCGACACGAUGCCAAAACUCGAGCACCUCGAGCUCGCCUACGGGCGGUUCAGCGACCAUGGGCUUGAAGCCAUCCUGACUAAGUGCACCGCGCUUUGCAACCUCGACAUACUGGGGUGUUUGAAUGUUACAUUGAAGUACAACAUCGAGGCGAAAUGUUUGUCUCUUCCGUUUUUCAGAGAUCCUUGGGAGGAUGAUGAUCUUGAGUACUCGAGCAGCAGCGGCGACGAUGCCUACUAUGAUGAUAGUUCGUCUUAGAAAUGUUCUAACUAUGACACCUUUUUUGUCGUCUCUUUUUGUCAAGUUUUGGUAUAAGAUUAUCUAGUAAUAGGAAUUAGUGUAGUUAGAUUUUUGCCUAUACGGAGUCUAUGAUACAUACAUGGGGCUAAACAGACACAUAGAGGGACUUUUGCUUUGAUGUGAAUGCUUUUAUAUAUGCAAGACACUUCUUUUUCUUUUUUGAGAAGUAUACGUCCGGAACUGUAAGUUGCUCAUACAUUUAACUACAUCAUAUAGAUCUAUACUUUGCGUAA